UACAAACAAAUCAAUUGAACUAAGUCAGGAGAGAGAAUCGGGAGACGGGUGCAGCUGACGGCUUGUUUACGUCUGAUGGUGUUGACUGAGCCUCAUAGGCUGACUCAGCUUCACCAUAUCUGUUGCAUUUUGGUUCUAUUACUACUGCGUUUCCUUCAGUCCAGCUAAUCAGCGAUACAUUAACCCCUGGAGAAGUUGUUGCUGCUGACUUACUGACAACAUUUUGCUGAGGCUGCUGAACAUCACUAUCUAGCACGUUGUGUAUAAUUGUGAGGCCAGCCGGUCACCAUCCCAGGUAUGGUGCAGGUGAGGCUGUGCCCAGGGAUUCUCCUCCAUCUUUACCUCAUUGUGAACUUUUGCGUGUAAACACUUGUUCCACUGAUUUUUUUUAUAUCUAACUUGAAGUAUUUUAUUACUGACCACCGGGAGAUAGGGUCAAAACGGCUUAGGCUGUGGUGGACCUUAAUCCAAAGAAGAGGAAAGUGAUUUGAAGUUAUUUCACUAGCAACUUCCUGAGGUUUGUAACUAAUAACAUACCGAGGUCAUCACUGACACCAACGCUAUUACUCUGCCCUUUAUUUUCCACGUACAAACAUGUCGGAACGUAAAGUGCUCAAUAAAUAUUAUCCUCCAGACUUUGAUCCUUCUAAGAUCCCCCGGGCGAGGUGCCCGAGGAACCGUCAGUUUACUGUGAGGUUAAUGGUGCCCUGUAAUAUCAAAUGCUAUACUUGUGGUGAGUAUAUAGCCAAAGGCAAGAAAUUCAACGCCAGGAAAGAAGAUGUGGAGAAUAUGACGUACUUGGGUGUUAGAAUUUACCGGUUUUAUAUUAAGUGCCCAGGGUGCCUUGCAGAGAUAUCCUUUAGAACUGACCCUGAGAGCACAGAUUAUGUUAUCGAGGCUGGUGCUCAUCGUAAUUUCCAGGCCUUAAAAUUAGCAGAAGAACAGGCAGCAAGAGAAGAGCGUGAAGCAAAAGAGGAAAUAGAAUCAAACCCAAUGUUACUUUUAGAAAACCGAACUCAGCAGUCCCAGUAUGAGAUGGAGGUGUUAGAAUCACUUGAAGAUCUACGUGAAAUGAAUGAUAGACAUGCAGGUAUCGAUCUAGGUAAGAUUGCAGAGAAGUUUGAAAGUGAAAGGAGGAUGACUCGAGAACAAAUUGGUGAAGCAGAGAGACUAGCAGCACUGAGAGCUCUUGGGUAUGAAAUGGUAGAAGGAUUAAUUGUCAAGAGAAUUGCACCUGAGGAAGUGGACAGUGAAACACCACUUAAAAAAAUAAAAAAAUGUGAAGAUUCAAAAGCUUCGAACAUUUCUACUAAUUCUAAUACAGUUGGAAAUAAAACAAAGAAAAAUAACAUAAAAUCCAGAUUAUCAGGAAUUAUUAAAACAAAAGUUCCACAAGAGGCCAAGGCAAGUACUGCCAGUUCACAAGAUAAGUUGAAACAUGAUUCAUCUCAAGUAUCAACAUCAGAAAAAUCAGCAGAAGAAAAGAUUGGACUACUUAAUAAGCCUGAGAAACUAUCACUAGCAGAAAAAUGCACUAGUGCAGUUUUGUCAGGUGGAGCCUCAGUAGGUAUUCCAAUGGUUAAGUCAGGCUCUACAGGGCUCAGUGGCCUUUCUUUUCUUGGAGUGUACUCUGAUUCUGAAAGUGAUGAGAGUGAGACAUAACUCACAGUAAAUAUGUCCAUGUUUGUAUUUAUGUUGUAGACUACAGAAUACCCUUUGUUUAACAGACUUUGGAAAUUCGUGACAAAAUAGGUUGGAUCAGUUGAUUCAGAAACAGCAGACAAAUUCUGUUAGUUACAGAAUUGUCAUGGCUAAACAGUCUUGUUUCUCAGUCACAGUCAUUAUUACCAGUCACUCACUCUUCUCUGUUAGUCUUAAAUUGAGGAUUUUCUGUAUUAGAAUAUCAUUCACCCAUUUGCACUACAAUUACGGUACUGAGAAAUGUUUGAGAAAAGUGUUGAAUUACUCCUACAGGUAUAUAUCUUUACAUGACUGUAAUUUACUGUUUUAAUAAUUCUUUAUCUGUAUGACCCUUGUGGAUUUAGCACAUAGUUUUGAGUGAAAUAAUAAUUCUUAGUGAAAACUCAAAUAUUUAAUACCUGUAUAUUAAAAAUGGAUUUUUAUUUUGAUCAGGUUAAUACAUACACAAUACUGUACUAUGUAUAAAAAUGUAAGAGAAAUCAGGCACCCAGACUUAAUCUGUAUAGAUUUUUUUUAUUUUUCAUUAUCCACUUUCAUUAGGCAGUCAGAUGUUUUUAUUUACAUUUUGUUAACAUCUAAUUCAGAAUUCUUGGUUUUCUCAUUUUUUUUUUCAAAUUUGAAGAGUAUCUUUCAUUACAAUAGAGUUCCAGAUAAUAUUCUUUUAUAUAAAUGUGUUAAUUGCUUUAAUAUUGUGUAAUUUAUAUUUAUUAUGCAUAAUGUUCAAUUUCUGUAUACUACGGGAAAAAACUUUGAAGGCCCUCUCUGACAAUGACAGUCAUACAAUUGAUAUACUACUGCACAAUACUUAACAUAAUUUUUGUAGAGUAUUAUAUAAACAUUUUUUUUUUGUAGUGUACAUGUUUGCUUGGAAGUAUAAUUUUCUAUUCCUUGUGUUUUAAUAAGCUUAAAAACCAAUUUAUUUUUAUUUUUUCCUCUUUAUGCCAAUUGUAUGAUGUCCAAGAAGAAACAUUUGAUGUCAAAUUAUUAUCAUUUUAUAUAGCAGGUACAGAAGGUCCUUGAGAAAUGCUAAUAGAGUACAUACUGUACUCUUCUCAUGUACUAUUAUCAGCAAAAUGUUUGUAAUGAAAUUCUGCAAUAUAUUUGGCCAAGUACAAUUUCUCAAUUAUUUUAUGGUAGCACGCAUGUGCUUAGGUGUGAGAUAUGAACGAUAGGGACCCCAGAGGGGUUUUAUUAGGCUGAAUUAAAUAAUCACCUAACACCAUUAUAUGCUUAAAAUACAAUCACUGUGAAAAUAAAAAUGUGAAAUGCAGUGUAAAAAACUGAAUUUUUUUAAA